GAGGGAAAGAAAGGCCAGGCCCCCGCGGCGUGGGGUGCCCCAAAGAGUGGGGACUCACGGGCACCAGGAGGGCCAGACAGGGAGGCCUCCGCAGGGCCACGGGCCGGGCGGGGUGUUGAGAGCAGCACAGAAAACCCGUACGUGCACGCCACUCACUCCAGCCAGGGGAGCGGCCUCCAUCCCGGGAGCAGGGAGGUCAGGCCCUGUCCUGGGGCCAUUUCCUGGGUGGCGCUGGGGGCCGGGCGGCCACUUUCCAGAGACCGCGUGCUGGAGCCUCCUCGGAGACACCCUCCUGUGGCGCCACUGCCUUCGUCCUAGCGGGGACCCGGUUGCCGCGUCUGCGCAGCGGUACGAUCCUGGGGGAUCCUGGGUAGAGCCUUCAGAGGCUCCCCAGCACCUGGAGGAGAGAGUUCUAGGUCUGACCUUGGCACUGGAGGUCCCUGCGGAUAUUGUGAGCACUUUGAGGAGUGGGGAUGCGGGAACACAGGUGCCCUGUUUGGUGACCGCUGGCCCCACCCGGGAGGCCGUCCGCAGGUCCCGUCUUGUCCAGGACUGUCCCGUGACUCAGUCACAAUGUCACUCGUCCCCUACCCCGCUCCAUGCGUCUCCCCAGGCAUAAUCCCUGUUCACGGUCUUUUACGACCGCCAAGGGACUGCUUUGCUGCCUGCUUCCUUAAGAUGUGAGCCCUGUGAGUGUGGCACUUCCGGGGGAUCACUGCGGUGCUCCCCAUUCCAGAAGGGGCAUCACAGGUUUUCCUGAACAAACACAGAAAGGAAUGACCCCCAUUUCAGUGCUGAGGGCAGGAAGGGGUGCCCCCAGACAGCUGCCCUUGGGAUGGAGGCCGGCAGCAUCCUUGGAAUCUUCUCCCAUCUCCUCCUGUCCUCCCUCUGUGGCCCGGCAGCAGAAGAGACCUUCCGAGGUGGCCUGGGGUGCCUUCGGGUGAGGAGGAGCCUGGUGGGCAGGACUCUUAGAAGGUGUCUUCUCUCAAAAUCUCCGCUGGAGAUGGUGCUCCUGGUGCCCUGUUGUGCCUGCGGGAUAGCACGUGUCCCCAGGCUGUCCACAGGGGUGCGGGCAGUGGGUGAGCAAGGGUGCAAUUCCUCCAGCCUCGCUUGGCCCUGGGCCCCUGCCUGGGAGCACCAAGGUAGGGGAGGGGAGCUCAUGCAUCAGCUUGGGCAGCUGGAGGAGGCAUUCAGGGGGGGCCAGGCCCGUGGGCUCGGAACCUGCCACCGUCUCUAACAAGACAGUAGCAUUUUGUGGAGGGGGCCUAGGAUGGGGGAUAGGUCUGCAGACUGUGGGCGAGGGUGGGCCUGGGUGCAAGCGUCUGGCCCUGUCCCCAGGUUGGUCUAGAACCCUAUGGGCAGGGCUGAAAGCCUUGGGCACCCCAGGGGAGUGCAGCACAGAGCAUGGAGUGGGGCAGGGGACGGCCAAGGUGGCCCCAGCCUCGGGGGGGGCAUUUCCCCCCCUGGAGCCUCUUUCCUGCCUUGUGCAACAUGGGGGUGACACGUUCCUACUGCCUUUUGUUCCCACAGCCACUCCUGUGCCCAUGCCUGUCCCGGCUCCCCCUCUCCCAGGCGGGAGCCCCCCCCUCCAAGCCCUGUUACUCUCAGCUUGGCCUUACCCAGGCCUGCUCUGUGUUGCGGCUGCCCAGCACCCCUGCGCCCCCACCCUGGGCCCGACACCCUCGUGGCACUAACGUCUUUGCUGCCCAAAGACCCUGGGGUCUGCUUCCCAUCCCUCCCCGUCCGUCCCUCACCGGUGGCUCCAACGACCAGUCCUCCUGCCCUGCCCUCAGCCAUGUGCCCACCCUUGAGCAAACCCUUUUCAAGAGGGUGAGCUUCCUCCCCACUUCCUCUCCCCCCACCCCCUGCUGUCCACCCCAACCCAGAACACAGCACCCCCACGGCCAGGUCUCCCAGCCUGUGGUCUUCAGUGCCCCCCCCCGCCCCCCACCCAGGCCCCGUGGGGCCUCCUCGGCCCCCUUGCGGGCUGCUCUGGCCUGCCCGCUUCCACGCCCUCACCCAGCCGGCCACCCCAGGUCCUGGUGGGUCCCGGAUGUGCUGUUGGCAGAGGCCUUGAAUGGUGCAGUCACGGUGGAUGUUCACGGCCUGAGGGGCCGGCAGAGGGAGACGAGGCUUCUGAUGUGUUGUUGGCUAUGUGCCCAUCCAGCACUGGGAUGUGGGAAGCCACCGCCAGCCUCCUCUGGGGGUGGGAGGACAGAGGGAGGAGCCGGAACAGGUGUCCCCAGCUGUGGAGGUGCCCUUCAGCUGAAGACUGCGCUCCCUCAGCUGCCCCAGGCUAAUCCUGGGAGGACUGGGACACGAAGGUCCUAGCCAGCCCUGGGCCCACGGACCAGAGGGCCCUUCCUGCCACAGAG